AUGUCCUCUCAGCCAACUAAACCUCCUACGAAUUCUACCAUAUCCCUAAAACCCCAGCCAAAGCGAGACGCAAAGUUUCUAGCACAACUCGAUUUUGACUCUAUACAAGCUCAUUUUAAUGAUAUGAGCAGGGAGGAACACGAUGCACUUGCUAAAGAGCUUGGCCAUAAUACCUCUGGAGGCCCUUCGAUUCCGUAUGAUGAUGGCGGCGAUGUUGCCUAUGAGCAAGAAUUAAAGCUGUCGGCCCCAGACCUCAGUUCUGACAAGAACGCCCAUUAA